GCGCGCGCGAGGAAAUCGGGGGGGGGGCGCUGCAGCCGCUUGGAAAGAGGCCCGAAAAGCCCAGGCAGCGGGGACUUGCCAGUGCAAGCGGAGUGGGUGUGUGCGCGCGCAACCUGCCACGGGCCGUGCAAUUCUCGGUGCCGCACGGUUUGCGGGCGGUUCGUCUUCUACCCGCUUCCCCUGCAAACCCGAAGCAAACUUCGUGGGUCUCGCUUGAUUCCUCUUCACCACCACCCCGGUUUAGGAAUUGCUUCCUAGCUGGAAAAGGUGUGUCCGUGAUGGCGAGUGUGCUAUCCAGGAGGCUGGGGAAGCGGUCCCUUUUGGGCGCCCGCAUUUCUGCACCCCCUUUACUGGCGGAUGGGAUGCUGAUGACAACUCAGGUUCAUCCCUUGCAGCUGGAACACACCAGAGCAUCUUCACAUCAGAACACCCUUUCAUAUGAAGAUGGCCGCUUCAAGGAACACGUUGAAGCCUCUGGCAGUCAGAACCAAAAUUGGCUAUUGCUGCAACCUGGCCAAAAGGUAUAUGUCUUUUACAACGGCCAAGAGAGUGCUGGGCUGGUGGAGUACCAUGACCCGGUCAGUCAUGAAGUAAAGGUAUUGCUCCCGGAAAAAGGGUUUUAUGUCACUAGGAAAGCUGAGGAAGUGAGACUGGCUGAAGUUGGGAUGUCACCUCUCCCCAAACUGGAGAUGGACCAUGGAACCCCUACAACAAUGGACUAUAGUCCAGUUCCUGUGGUAAUGGAGCAUUGCACCUCUGCAGCAGACAUGGCUGUGACAUCGGGUUUGAGAUCGGUCUCUAGGAAUAUUGAUGUACCAAAAAGGAAACCAGAUGCUGCAGUAGAGAUGGAUGAGAUGAUGGCAGCAAUGGUGUUAACCAGCUUAUCCUGUAGCCCUGUGGUACAGAGUCCUCCUAACAAUGAUGCCAGCAUCUCAGCAUCCCAAGCAACCUGUGAUGCCUGGAAAGAGAGCGGUGACAUGUCAGAUGGUGGGAGCAGUACCACAAGCGGGCACUGGAGUGGCAUCUCCACCCCUUCUCCCCCACACUCAGAGGCCAGCCCCAAGUACUCAAACGAGGCCUUCAGUUCUCCUCGGGCUGAUGAUGGCUUUGAAACGGACUCGGAUCCCUUUGUCUUCGAAGAGCCUGCUCCAAGGAAAAGGAAGAAUUCAGUGAAAGUGAUGUACAAAUGCUUGUGGCCCAACUGUGGCAAAGUCCUUCGCUCCAUUGUUGGAAUUAAGAGGCACGUGAAGACGCAGCAUCUGGGAGAUGGUGCCAACUCUGACCAGAGAAAACGGGAAGAAGAUUUCUACUACACUGAGAUGCAAGUGAAGGAGGAUGCACUUCCGGAAUCUUCAGUUGUUGCUCCCAAUCCCACUGCAGGUUCCUCUCCUAUUGUCAUCCAACAGGCUGCCUCUCAGCCAGAGGCUCUCAUUCUGGAUCAGGCAACCCCCUUGGAGCCUCAUCUGGCCAGCGGUGCCCUCAGCCAGUCGGCCCCCAGUUCCUUCUGGCACAUCCAGGCUGACCAUGCAUACCAGGCUCUGCCAUCUAUUCAGAUUCCUGUAUCCCCGCACAUAUUCACCAGCAUUAGCUGGGCUGCUGCAACCUCAACCAUCCCUACUCUCUCACCGGUUCGGAGCCGGUCUUUGAGUUUCAGUGAACAGCCACCCCCGCCUCCAGUGCUGAAAUCCCAGUUGAUUGUUGCAUCCCCCCCAAGAGCACCCAGUGGCACCAGGAAAGUCCGUGGCGAAGCCAAGAAGUGCCGCAAAGUUUAUGGCAUUGAGCACCGAGACCAGUGGUGCACAGCCUGCCGGUGGAAAAAAGCAUGCCAGAGAUUUUUGGACUGAGAAGGAUGUAUCUGCAUUCACACCCCUUUCUGGUGGGAAGUCUCAGAGGGCUUUCUCUCUUGCAGCUACCCAAGAGCAAAUAGCCAGAUCUCUGUAUUUUGGCCACAUCCAGGGCUCUGUUGUCUUGGAAGCAAUUCCUGGUGCUUUGGCAGAAAUCUCGCGAGCCACGUGUUUAUCCCAAGCUCUGUAUAGUCUAUGUCUGCCAGGUUUUCUAAUGUUCAGUGUUUUGUGGGAAAGCUUUUUCUACACAUUUUUUUCCUUUUUUUUAAAUGACAAAUAACACAGCCUCCCUUUCUAUUCUGUAAAUAAGGAGGACAAAGGGAAAAAAAAGCUGAUUGCUUGAUCUGUCUUACAGACUUGUUUCUAGGUGGGUCCAGGGACCAAAGAACUUUGAUCUGUUCCUCAGUAUAGGGUGAGGUUGGCUGUUGUGGUUGGAUCAAUGACUGCAAUGAUGGAGGAGAGAAGCAACUGUUUCACCUCCCCUGAAGUCACGUAACCAUUUAGAGAGUGCAAAAGGAGGACAGGAAGGGAACUACUAUUAGCAGAUGAGGACAGUUGCUCUACUAAUGGACACUGUUGUUUCCCAGUUAAUCCUCGGAUGCCUGCACAGGAAUUAGCCAUUUGCAUCCUUAAUGAGCACUGCUUUUUAUUUUGUUUUCUUUAGUUGCUGUUGGGAAAUAAUAACCCGCAAAUUCCAAAUCACCCUGAAGUGGAAGGAACGUAAAAAUAAUCUGGAUUUUUUUAGCAAUUGUAAACCCCAAAACAAAUGCAUUCUGUAAGAGUCUCAGAACUCUUCACUGAUGUAACUGGCGGUUUAAGAUGUAUUUUGAGCAUCCACAAUACAACUUUUAUUACUUGGAUACCAUAGGAACUUCACAAUCUCCCCACUGUCACUCUAUAUACUAUGUGGCAGUAAAUUAAAGUUCUUUACACUGUAUUUUUAAGUAAGAAUCUGGAUCCGUCUUGGUUUUCCCAACAGUGGGAAUGUUUUCUGGAAUAUGAAUUUGUCUUGUGCAUAUCACAUUUUUAGUGAUACAGCUGGGAUCUUUCCCCCCCCUUAACAACUGUUCAUUCUUCUGUCUUUAUUAAUUGGCUCCCCAAAUCAGGCCUAUCUUCCAGAGAAGAACUAGAUGUUUAAUUAUUAGUUGAGUUUCCAAUGAAUGGUAAUGUGUUUGGACAGUUUCAUUUCUCUUCUAAUUAUCGUAGGAGCCUACAGGUAAUGAGCAAAGCGCAUAAAAACCCACGAUUAUGUUCUUCCUUCCUCUUCAGGUUCAUCCCACCAUGUGCCAGCAGUCUAAACCUUUGAACACCAAGUGAAGCAGCAUUCCAAGAUUUGCAUAUGAGAAAGCCUGAGCUGUUUUGUAGGGCAUGCUGGUCCAUGUUCAGUUUUUUGGGAAUGCCCAUUUAUUUUGCCCUGCCGCCCCAUUCAUCGUUUCCAUCCCAUCUUUCUGGCCACCGAGUGAUCCUAGAUCCACAAUCUAUAGUCCCAGUCUCUCAGGAUGUAGUUAGAAAAGAAAGAAAUUGGAAAUUGGGAGGGACACAGAGAUAUGCUGGAAAUAGCACUUGAAGACAAGCCAACAUUGUCUUAGAAUUGAUUGGGAUUUAAUGAAUACAAUUUUCAAAAAUACUUGAGUCAUCUGGGGGAAAAAAUGAGCAUUUUCCAUUUUUUUUUGGUGUGUGUGUGGAUUGAAAUAAUAACCAAUAAUUCCAUCAUUAUAAAUUUUUAUUUUCUUCAUGAUCCAUUGGCCUCAAAAACCUGAAAAAUUGUAAUAAUCUAUCCCCCCACCAGAUUUCUAUCUAACUAUUGUUAUAACCAAGUUUGGUUUAAACUUCAGUGAGAGACAGUGGAAUUGGAAAUGGUUGCCUGCUCUCCCAAUAUACUUGUUUUGCCUUCACACUUAAUGUUGGUUGUAUCAUUUACACAAGGAACUGUGUAUACACAAAGUAUGUUAGCCAAGCUGUACAAUUAUUCCUUUCAAUUUUCUGUGAUUAACAUGUAUAUGUUAAGAUUCAUAUGACAGAUUCCCUUGCAAAUAUUGUCUGUCUCCCUCCCUCUCUUCCUUCCUCCCUCCCCCCCCCUCUUUCUCUGUGGUAUCUGGUGGCAUGAAGGUAGGCCAGGUGGAUCUCAGUGGGAUGGGGGAAUACAAUCCAAUAAACCAAGUGUUAGACGGAUGUUGCAAUGGAUGGUGGUUAGCCAUGUGCCAUCAACAUAAGAGGCAAGGCUGAACUUUUGAGGCAGUGGGGUUUUUUAAAAGGAGAGUUACGGGUGCCUUGGCAUCUGUUGGCCUAAGCUAUGCAUUUCUCUUCUUAAAUUUCCCAAAUCAAUUAAAACGGAUCUGAAUUUUUCAGCCCUGCCAUGCAGGAGGGUGGGGGCUCUCAGGGCUGCAGAUGAUGUGGUGGAGAUGUGUGGAAGUUUACAUUCAAAGUUGGCAAACUCAAAAAUGCAUGAUCAUAGGUGGUGCAAUGCUGCUUCAGUGGCAAGCCUAAUUAAAUUUGAUGGCUAGCUUCACCAUGGAAGUCAAUGUCAUGCUAUCAAAGAGCCAUCAGUUUUGCUGAUGGGGAAAUGUGUUCUUCCAUUUCAGAAGGCAUGUGGCUUGGUUUGUUUACAUUUUGCAGAUGUAAAAUGGCAACACCAAUAGUAAUGAUAAUGAAAAUGGAAAAUGAGGUAUAUUCGUAGGUAUUUACAUUGUUUUGAAGUUGUUUCUCUGCCUCUUUUCUCCCCUUCCCCAAAGCGUUUUGAUAAUCAUGAGCCAUAAACUAAAGAGAUAAACCUCUUUCUGUAAAAUAGUAACCGAACUAUAUGUCCUGGAGAAUUAUAAUUUCCUUAUAUAAAAAUGUGAGCCCUUUUAUCUUUCUUUGAGGGUACUUUAAGGGAUGGGUGGAAGAGUUUGAAAAGGAAUUAUGUAUAUUUUUGGUGCUUGUUGAUUGCUCUUUUUUUUUGUAAUCUUGUAUAAUUCACAGUCUGUCAGAUUUUAUUUUUCUAGCCUGGACAUCUGAUAGAUGCUUAACUGAUUUUGUAAUUAGUUACAAAUUAAUUAGUUCAAAUUGCAAAUUAAUAUUUUGAAAAUUAAAAUUGAACUCAGAUUUAUAUAGUGCAAAUUCUGAAUAGGGAAUUUGGGAAUAUUGAAGUUCAGAUAAGAGGUAUUACUAUUGAAGCUUCAGGUUUAUAAUAAAAUGUGGGAUUUUUACUUAAAAUGCAUUGCUUGGGUCACAAUAGUCUGAUUUCAGUGAAAAUGUCUUGGAACUUAGAAAACGAGCUUGGCUUUGAAAAUCAUGCUUCAUGUCAAAAUACUAGUGGAAAUUUGGGGAAAAAUCCUCGAUAAAAUAAUUUUAGCUUCGGGAGAAACCUCAAGUCUUUCCCUUCCCAUUUGAGAUACAUUUCUCUCAGUUCUGCAGCUCUGGUUCAAUGAGUUAUUGGGAAACAUUGAAAGGGGUUGAUACCCUCCCUUCAAUAAAAGCAUAGGUUGCUAAACAGAAGUCCUUGGUCCUCAUAAACAAACCCGGCCCUUUAAAAACUACAACUUGACCUCAUCAAGGAUGACCCAUUACCAAGAUACCCAUUACCAAGAUGAUUUUACUGGGAUUAGUGGCAAAACCUUAGGCUUCCGCCUGUCACAGAAUGGGAGAGCCUUGAUCUUACCAGUCUGUUUCUGAUUACAGCUAAGUCAACAGAACUGUUGCUGUGGACCAGCCAUCUUGGUUCAGUUGUUUGAGCAAUGGUCUCUGCUAAGCAAAGCAGCCAGUUGUCAAAGCAGCCAGGAGUCAUGAUUUAGCAAGUGGAUGAAUGGUCUGAUUUAACCAUCCAAGAAGAUGGAUACUUCUUUUGAUCUGUGACCGAUGUUGCUCAAAUUAGAUUAUUGAUGCCAUUGGCUCAGAACUUUCUCACAAAUCAGCCAGAUUUUUUUUUUUUUAAAAAAAACUUUUCGCUGCUUCUUUCUGUCCCCAAAUCCAGAAUCUCUGGAUUUCUCCCAUGAAAGUACAUCAUCUGCAACUUCCAAGCUAGAGCCAUUCAUGUUUGGAGGUUUAGGGCAGUGCAAUUGCUUUUUCAUUACUGACUAAACUAUAAAACAUAAAACAUUUAACAUUUGGGAGGUCUGAUGGAGUUGAUUCCGAUAAACCCUCUUAAUAAAAAUAUAUAUAUUAAAAAUACAUAAAUGUCCAAGGACUUUGAAAUUUCUCACUUUAAUGAUAGCACUGCAUUGCUCUGAUUCUCUAUGGCAAAGAGAAUUGGUGUCAAACUUGCAUCGUCUCGUGUUGUCAUGUGAUGUAUCGUGACUUUGUCCCCUUCGCUAAACUGGAUGUGGGCAUGACCAGCAUGUGAUGCAUCUGGCCCACGGGCCGCGGGUUUGACACCGCUGCUCUAUGGCUAUCAGAGGCUCAAAAUAUUUUUUAAAAGGGAUUUUGGCUGCUUUUCUGCAGCUGCCUUCCUUCAAGCUAGUCUUAGUAACUCUCCAGGUGGCAUGUCUUGUAGACCAAAGUGAUAAGAUGCAAAGCCAGGUUGCAGGUUGAUGAUCUCAGUGGGAACCUGUGAAUUUCAAAGCCAUUUCUUCUCAAAUUCCAAGACAAGUAAGGCUCCAAUUUAAUAAUUGAAAAUCAAAUUUUGAGAACUGGCCUUGUCCAGUCUCCCAAAGUAACGUUAAAGUUUGAAAAUCCCAACAUUUUUAACUGCUCCUUCUGCUUCAGCCAUCCUGGUAUGGAUGGAUCCUUGUAUCAGAGUAAAAUUUCUUCUUUUCUGAUUUAGGAAGGGCACCUCUCAAUUUCUUGUUGAAUCAGAAGAGAGUAACCAACGAGUAUCUUCAGAUUGCGAUUUAAAGAUCAUUUUCUUCGGUGGCAAAAGUCUGGGUCUUAUGCUUACAAAAAGCAGUUUGGGGGGAUAGCUGUUGUUAGAAUGUGAUUAAAAAGUUGUGGGGAGAAAAGGCCCUAUAAAAGAAUAAAUGAAACACUGAAGCCUCUGGAACAAUGUUUCUCAUCCUUGGCUACUUUCAGAUGUGUGAACUUCCAACUCUCAGAAUUCCUUGGCCAGCAUUGGUGGCUAGGGAAUUUUGGAAGUUGAAAUCUUGAAAAUGGUCAAGGUUGAGAAACACUGUUCUGGAAUAUAGGAUAUCCCUGUUAUGCUAUGACAGAUUCUUGGAAUCAAAGUGUUACUCCUUUUACUAUGGUGUCAAAGGAAUAUGUGCCAUUUUCUGGUGAGGUUAGGAGCAUAACCAUCACCAAAGCAUGCAGUCAGUGCUGUCCCCCUUUUUUUUUUUUGAACAAAAAGCCAGCCUUUAUCAAAUGUCUCAUUCCCCCCACCACCCAAAAAUAAAAUAAAAAUUAUAGCACUUAAUUUUGGAGAGUGAAAAGAAAAGCUAGCCUUCCAUGGGAAUAUAUUUGUUAACCAGUAUUGUUUAAAUAGGGUAUGUUUUUUCCCCUUCUUUUUAUUUUGUGAGCUAUGCGGUACAAUUGGACUGGACAAUGUAUGUCAAUGAUUUGAUUUUUUUUUCCGUAUUUCUGGUUUUUUUAAAAAAACCAAGAAACUUUGGAAUAUAAUUCUGUUCCCUCCUUCACCCCAAAUAUAACCUCCCUACAAGGAAGGGAAAGUUGGAAGGAAGCAAUUUUAGGAAAUACUGCUUCCUAAAUAAUAGCAUUGUAAAUGUUGUAUUUGCAGUGGAGACCAUCCUGUUUUCCCUUCAUAGGAUUAUAUUGGUAGGUGGGGGAGGCUUUGAGGAAAUAAGGAACAAGAUGCAAAGAACUUUGUUUCUUGGUGGCAGCCAUUUUGCAAGGGCGGCCUGUAUAUGUCACUAGUCUACAUUGUGUGUCGAAGAAACUGAGGUGCUCUGUCUUAAAUUCAUUUCUGCCUCUUCUGCUCAUAGGAUAGUCUGUUUCCCAACCUUUGCUUUCUUGCAGUAAGCCAAAGAGAGAAUGAAAGAGAAUCCCUACCUAUAUCCAAGCCACUACUUUUUAUUCUUUUCUGAAAAAUUUAAAAAAUGCUUGCCAUUUCACAAAUGCAACUGAGGCUUUUCUCCUGGCUUUGAAAAUAGCAAAAGGAAAAAAAAUAUUUCUGAUUAUGUAAGCUGGCUCCUUUUCCCCAUUCUUGUCAAGUCCAGUCUUUCUGAUUACUUGAAACAAGGCUAGUUUUUCCAUUGGAUUUGCACGAAACCUAUGGGUAGUGAGUGGGCACACUCCCUGUCCUCUUAGGAGCAUAACUCACUACCUGGGUCAAUAGGGUACAUCAGGAUCCUACUGAGUGCGGCUUCCCAAAAUGAGGCCACUAAGGUUUGUUUUUAUUACUGAAUUAAGAACAUUAGUGUAUUUCUGAUGCCAGAGGAUUUUAGCUUUAAGAAAGUAAUCAUUCUGUGGUCCUCUUGUCUGAAUUAACAAGUGGUACAGCUUUAAUUCUUCCAUUUUGAUUUUAGUUACUUUGGAUUACAACAGUGUUUCUCAACUUCAGCAAAUUUAAGCCAUGAGGACUUUAUGCAUGCUGGGAGUUGAGGUCUCCACAGCUUAAGGAUGCUGAGGUUGAAAAACGCUGGAUUACAGGAUUGAUUUCUAAAUCUUAUACCCAUUUUUCAAAAAUUAACUCUAAAAUCUAAGAUCUGCAAAUACCAUUGUUGGCUGCAUUUUUUUUUUUUUUUUGAGGGGAAGGGGGGAAAUUGUGACUUGUGCACGCAUAUAUAACCAUUUUUUUAGCGCUAACCAGGGCCUAUUUUCUAUUCAUGCUAUGCACUGUGAACCCUUGAUUUUGUUACUUCAAAUAAAAGCCACCAAUGCUACGCAGCAAAAUCAGCACACUGGAAAUACCACCAACCCAGUGUCCACCUGCUGGGUCAGACUCCAGCUCCCAUAAUUACUAACCAGCAUGGAGAGUGGGGAUGAUGGAAACCAAAACACCUCAGUGAGGUUUAGAGGUAGAACUCCAAAUUCCAAUUAAUUUCAUGUGUCCAAAUUUUUUUUAAAAAGUCUUUGCUUUCAAAUAGAAGUGGAAUUGAUUUCCAAAUAAAAGGGCUAUAUGAUUGCACAACUGUGUGUGUGUGUGUGUGUAUGUGUGUGAAUUGAGUGCAGAUGUACGUGAGUGCCAUGCCUUGUUAGGCAUGUAGAGACAGUUUGCCAGCUCAUCCUCUGGGAUCAACAUGCAAUUCUAGGCACAGAUAGAAUUCUCCCCUAAAACUGAAUGCACACAUUAACUCCAGUGCAAGGUAGAGAACAAGGAAAACAGUUUGGGUCUUAUCACUCUGCUGUUACAUAGAGCAACACAAAGUGAAGAGGAAGCCCCAGAACUAGCCUUCUUAAAAGAUCAAAAAUAAGCCUGUUAAAACCUCAGUUGUUAAGAUCACCUUAAAGUCAUUACUCAGUUGGUUUUCUGAGUUUGAGAUUGGUGAGCCUGGCUUUUUGAAUUUCAUAAGCAUGA